GUAACUGUCUUGAAAAGGCAAGGUGGGUAGGUAACUGUCUUGAAAAUGCCAGGUGGGUGUGUAACUGUCUUGAAAAGGGCGGGUGGGUGGUUAACUGUCUUGAAAAGGCCGGGUGGGUGGGUAACUGUCUUGAAAAGGCCGGGUGGGUGGGUAACUGUCUUGAAAAGGCUGAGUAG